AUGAAAUAGUUAAAACAAUAAUUGAUAAAGUAAUAAUUUUUGAAAUACAAAUAGAAUGUUACUUGAUCAUAUUGGAGCACCAGAAGAUGUAAAUAAUCUAGAUGAUAAUUAAAUAUCAAAUCGACCUUUUUUAUCUAGUAUUAAAAUAGAUGAUCCUAUAUAAGCUAUUUUAAAUUAAAAGGAAGAAUAAUUCAACCUCAUUUACAGAUAUAAGGAAAUAGGCAAAAAUGGAAUUACUAAAAUAAAAGUUAUUAAAAUAUCAUUGUUACAAUAAUUUUUAAAAUCUGAAGAAAUUACAGCAGUGAUGAUAUAAAAUGUAUCUUGCAAAGAAAGAAAGAAAGAAUUAACAUAAUUUAUAAAAAUUCAAAAUAGUAUCCUUAAUUCAUUUUCUCAUGAAUUAAGAACACCAUUAAAUAGUUCUUUAUAAUUACUUGAAGCAUUAUCCACAAAAUUAAGUGAUUAAAUGAAUCAAGAAUAUAUUUAGCCUGCUUUAAAUUCUAAUAAAUUGUUAUUAUUUUAAAUAAAUGAUAUACUAGACUAUGCAGCAAUGUAAUCAAAUUAAUUCGUACAUAAAUAUUCGUAAUUCAAUAUUAAAGAGAUUGCAGAUUAUAUAAAAUAAUUAUAUACUUAAGUUUGCUAAAAUAAAGGUAUACUUUUAACAUGUAAAAUUAAAUUAACUAAUUAAAUUGUGACUAAUGAUAAAUAAAGAAUUAUCUAAGUACUCAUCAAUUUAUUAAAUAAUUCAAUAAAGUUCUCCCCUUCAAAUACUCAUAUUAGAGUUUAAUUUAAAAAUAAGUUCAAAUAUUCAAAUUAAUAUAUAAAAAUUAAAGUCAAAGAUUAAGGUUUUGGAAUUUCUGAAUAAAAAUUAAGUUUUAUCUUUCGAGAAUUACAUUCAGUAUCAUCUGAAGAAAGUGUUUAUUGGAUGACUCAAAAUUAAUUAUCAUCAGGAAUUGGAUUGAAAAUGUCUAAUCGUCUAAUAUAAGGAUUGGCAUUUAAUGAACAUAGAAAAAAUGCAUUCUCAAUAAAAUCUGUACUCUAAAAAUAUACUUAAAUAUCAUUUUACAUUUCCGAUAUGAUAAUAUUAAAAGAUGAUAACGAAUCAAUAUCUAAUGCUUAAAGUGAUGAUGCUCUUUGUAUUUCAGUACAUAAAAGUCUUGAUUAUAAGUUGAUUCAAAAUAUUAAUAUAAAAUCUUGCAACUGCUCAGCUAUUUUACUUGUAGAUGAUGUUCCAUUUAAUAUUUAAGCUCUAAAGACUAUUUUAAUGUAACAAAAAAUAACUACAGAUUCUGCUUAUAAUGGAAUUGAAGCAAUAGAUUUAGUUAUUAAUAAGUAUUAAUAAAAAAAAUGUCAUCCUUUCUACUAAUUGAUAGUUAUGGAUAUAGAGAUGCCAUUACUUAAUGGUUUAUAAGCAACCUAAAAGGUAUAAAUAAUAUUUAGAAUAAGAUAAUAUCAUUUUUCAACUCAAUAAAUGUAAAACCUCCAGUUAUUGUAGCUAGUUCUGCUUAUGAUUCAAAUAAAGAGGAUUUAUCAAUAUUUUCGGAUACAUUACCAAAACCUAUAGAUUAAUGGAGGCUUAAAUUUAUUUUAAAUAAAUAUUUAACCAAUUUUUUUUGA